AUUUCAGUAUUAAAUUAAUAAAUGUCCGAGGUGGUUUAGUGCAAGAAAUCGAAAAUUAAUUCUGUUUGUUUCGGAAGGUUUUUGUUGUUGUAUAUUCUUCGGAACUAUAUAGUUUUAUAAUGUUCAUCGAGUUCAUAAUUUUGCUAGGCUUAGCCGCAUUUAUCUUUUACAAAUGGUCAACUGCAGGUUUUGACUAUUUUAAAAAGAUCGGUCUUCCUUAUGACAAACCUUAUCCUCUAUUUGGCAGUCAAAAAGAUAUUGUUUUUAAAAAAAGUUCAUUCACUGAUAAUAUAAAUAGGUGUUAUAAACAAUUUAAUACAAGCAUUGCUGGAGUCUUUGACCAACGUAUCCCAACUUUCAUUAUUCGUGAUCCGGCUUUGUUGAAACAAAUCACUAUCAAAGACUUCGAUCACUUUGUCAAUCAUCGUACAAUAUUCACAGACAAAGAUGGCGGACUUUUUGGCAAUGCGUUAUCAAACAUGCAAAACGAGAAAUGGAAAAGUAUGCGUUCGACCUUGAGUCCAGUAUUUACAGGCAGUAAAAUGCGUCAAAUGUUUGUCCUGAUUAAUGAAGUUGCUGAUGAGUCGAUGAAGUUUUUGAAAAAAGAUGGACAAACUGAGAUCGAUUUCAAUAUCAAGGACUAUUUUACACGGUUUACCAAUGACGUUAUAGCUUCGGCAGUAUUUGGCUUGAAAGUUAACUCAUUUGCGAAUGAAGAUAACGAGUUUUAUGCUAUGGGAAAGAAAGUUACGAAAUUCAGCGCUUGGCAGAACUUGAAGUUUAUGAUGUUUACAAAUUUUAAGUAUAUUAUGAGGGCUUUUAAAAUCAAACUUUUUGAUGAGAAAGACACCAAUUACUUCACAAGUCUUGUAAUGGACGCAAUGAAAUAUCGUCAAGAGCAUAAAAUUAUGCGACCUGAUAUGAUUAAUAUGAUGAUGGAGGCUAAAGGUAUGUCCAUUGACAAGAAACCUGACGAAAAACCAGUAGUAGCUAAGGAAUGGUCUGAUGAUGAAAUUGUGGCACAGUUUUUCGUAUUUUUCUUUGCCGGUUUUGAGCCGACUUCUGUAUUGAUGGCAUUUGCUUCGCAUGAACUAAUGGUGAAUCCUGAUGUUCAGGAGAAACUUCGUCAAGAAAUACAAGAAGUUAAAGAAAAUCUCGAUGGAAAGCCGCUGACUUAUGAAAUUCUCCAAGGAAUGAAAUACAUGGAUAUGGUAAUUUCAGAAACUCUUAGACGUUGGCCUCCAGCUGUUGUUACUGAUCGACAAUGUAAUAAGGAUUUCCAUUAUAAAGAUGAUGAAAUAGAUGUAACUAUUAAAGCUGGUCAACAUCUUUGGAUUCCUAUAGUUGGUUAUCAUUUGGAUGAGAAAUACUUUCCUGAUCCAUUGAAAUUCGAUCCGGAAAGAUUUAGUGAUGAAAAUAAGGGUAACAUUGAACCUUUUACUUAUUUGCCAUUUGGUGUUGGACCAAGAAAUUGUAUUGCAAACAGAUUUGCCCUCAUGGAAGCCAAAGCUAUGAUGUUUUAUCUAGUUGGAGAGUUCGAAAUCAAACCAUCACCAAAGUCUACAAUUCCGAUGGUUUUGCAAAAAGGAGGUUUCAAUUUGGCACCAGAGAAUGGAUUUUGGGCAAAGCUUGUUCCUGUGAAAUCUUAGAUAAAGUGAUAAGCCAUAAAAUGUGACUAAAAGUAUUAAAUAAAAGA